ACACACAGGUGAUGGCAAGCUACAUUGUAUGGAAUCAGAACGAUGCCACCUUGAAACGAAACAGCCACAGCUGCCCUGGGGCGCACUGACAGAGGCGAGGCUGCCAGACACUGACAGUAGGCAACGGGUGAAGUGUCUUGCCCAAGGACACAACGACCGAGACUGUCGGAGCCGGGGCUCGAACCGGCAACUUUCCGAUUACAAGACGAACUGCCAACUUGUUCAAAUACGGAACAAGUGACUCCAAUCCUCUGUUAUUUUCACUUCACACGGAGAUAGGUUAAUAGAUUACGUUUUCUGUUGGAGUUGGAAAAAAUGUGCAUGUCUCGCUGCAGGUUUAUGAAUGAGUGUCGGUUCAGACUUUGUCUAAAAUGUAGGCUAAUGCCAUUUUUACUGUGUCCCCUUUCACUUUUAUCAGUGUCAGGUGAGCCGAGGGGCGUGACGGUUUGGCAUGCGCUCUCUCGCCACCAUUAGUACCUUUGCUCACUCGACCGCUCCCGACUUUUGGCACGGAUUUGUUAAAUACCGUGAAACUUAGGUAAACUUUGUAGCCUGUCUGCAUCUCCAGUUCACCAUGGCUCUCCAAGCCACCGCUCUGGUCACCUCUAAGUGGCUGGCUCAGGCUGUAAAGGUCCAGGGGAAAAUGCGGGUCUUGGACACUUCGUGGUAUUUGCCCAAACUGCGGAAAAACGCAAAGACCGAGUUCAAGAAGAAGCAUGUGCCGGGAGCAGCUUUCUUUGACAUUGACCAGUGCUGCGAUAAAACCUCUCCUCUGGACCAUAUGUUGCCGUCAGAGGACUAUUUUGCGGAAUACGUCGGGAAAUUGGGAAUAGAAAACGACACGCACGUCGUGGUCUACGAUGGCAGCGAGUUCGGGGCGUUCUCGGCGCCCCGUGUGUGGUGGAUGUUCCGGGUGUUCGGGCACAGUGCGGUCUCUAUGCUCAAUGGUGGGCUCAGGAACUGGGAGCUAGAGGGUCGACCUGUGAGUGACCGGUACGUCAGACCCACAGCGACCGAGUUCAAAGCCUCUCUGAACCGCUCGUGGAUAAAAACCUAUGAGGAUAUCCUGGAUAACCUGGAGACUAAAAAGUUCCAGGUGGUGGAUGCCAGGCCCACAGGCAGGUUCAAAGGGCUGGACCCUGAACCCAGAGACAACACAGAGCCGGGCCACAUCCCUGGCUCCAUCAGCAUUCCUUUCCACGCCUUCCUGUCACCUUCUGGCCACUUCCUGCCAAAGGAACAACUCCAGGCUCUGUUCGCCCGUGCUGGUGUGGAUCUCGACCACCCGCUUUGCGUCUUAUGCGGCUCUGCAGUGACCGCGUGCCACGUGGCACUGGCGGCCCACGAGUGCGGGCACCCCGGGGUGUCUGUGUACGACGGUGGGUGGUCGGAAUGGUACACCCGCGCCGUGCCCGAGCACGUCAUAUCAGAUGGCAGAGGGAAACAUUUGUGAUAACAGGAAGGACCUGGGACCGAUGGUUUUAGGCUGGAUCACUUGUGCUGUUGUUGCUGUUGAAGUUUGGUCAUUUGGGAUUUGUAUGACUUCCUCCUGUGAAGCCACAGCCAGCAGCAGGUUAGCAAAAUUUCCCAGAAUGUCCAAAAAGCUUCUGUAUUAAUAAAACACCACUGGGGAUUUUUUUUUGAAGUUGUUCAUCUAUUAUAUACUGAUAGAUGAUUUGUGAUUAAAGUCAACAAUAUGUGGACACUAAACUGAACUUCUUAACCCCCCCCCCGUUGGCAGCUCAUGGACUCAAAGACACCUACACUUUGUAAUCUUGUCUAAUCUUUGGUAAAAUAAAUAUGAACAUGUUUAUCGGGGCUGUAACUGAUUAGAAAGGACUGAAAAUGGACAAAGAGCAGAAUCUACUUUGUUAGGCUCUUAGAAUAAUGCAGUUUAAACGAUGGACUUUUGACCUGUUGACUGAUUAGAGCUGAUUAGUGAUGUUUUUUUGUUUGCUUUUGGUUUUUUUCCCCUUCCAAAGUCAGAUAUCCUCCAAGUGAAGCAAGAAGUUUGUGUCUAAAGAAAAAAUAAAUUAAUAUAUCAUCAUGAUUGCUACUGUCUCAUGUCAUGUUACACAUUGCCAAUUACUGUACAGCCUUUUAAAAACCCACUUUGCUGUGACGUACUUGGUGAUAGUCACAUGUAUUUUAUUAAUGGCUUUUUUCCACUGCAUAGCAAAGGAGUUGCUGUACAUAAGUUGAAAUGUUAAAGCUGACCUGUGACAAGGAAGUGAGACUCAAAUGUCCCCUCUUCCUCUUUCGCAUUAAAAAAGCCUUUUGCUUUUUCUGA